CUGAUCACCCGCCACUCUUAUGCUCUCUAGUGGCCUCCAUUUCGUUUCAAUCCCAAAGAAAAAGAAGAAUCAGAGAGCUCAGAAAACGCAUUGUGCAGAAACAGAAUCGUAUCCCUUUUGUCUCUGAGUGUUCGAAGGAGCAAGAAAGGCCGUUCCUUUGAGAAGCCCAGAAGGCUAUGAGUCCAAGAGAUUUAAUGGGGUUUCUACCCAGUGGAAAAUUUGUUGUGUUAUUGUUUUUUUGUUCCUGGUUUUUUGCUGUCUCGGCUUCUGUGACUUACGAUCACAAAGCUCUUAUUAUUGAUGGUAACAGAAGGAUUCUGAUCUCUGGGUCCAUUCACUACCCAAGAAGCACACCUGAGAUGUGGCCUGACCUGAUACAGAAGGCCAAAGACGGAGGCUUAGAUGUUAUACAGACCUAUGUGUUUUGGAAUGGCCACGAGCCGUCUCCUGGAAAAUAUUUUUUCGAGGAUAGGUUCGACUUAGUAAAGUUCAUCAAGCUGGUUCAGCAAGCUGGCCUUUACGUUCAUCUCCGCAUUGGUCCCUACGUGUGUGCGGAAUGGAACUUUGGGGGAUUUCCUGUUUGGCUCAAGUUUGUGCCGGGUAUUAGCUUCAGAACUGAUAAUGAGCCUUUCAAGGCCGCAAUGCAAAAGUUUACUGGGAAGAUUGUUAGCAUGAUGAAGGAAGAGAAGUUGUUUCAAGCUCAGGGAGGUCCAAUAAUCCUGUCUCAGAUAGAAAACGAGUUUGGACCUAUUGAGGGGAAACUUGGGUCUGCUGGAAAAGCUUACUCGCAAUGGGCGGCUAAAAUGGCUGUAGGUCUUGACACUGAGGCUCCUUGGGUUAUGUGUAAGCAACCAGAUGCUCCUGAUCCUGUGAUUGACACGUGUAAUGGGUACUACUGUGAUAACUUCAGAGCCAACACGAAGUACAAGCCCAAAAUGUGGACAGAGAACUGGAGUGGAUGGUAUACUGAGUUUGGUGGUGCAGUCCCACGUAGACCAGUGGAAGACCAGGCAUUCUCAGUUGCAAGAUUCAUACAGAAUGGUGGUUCAUUUGUUAAUUACUAUAUGUAUCAUGGAGGAACAAACUUUGGCCGAACAUCUAGUGGCCUCUUCAUUACCACAAGCUAUGACUAUGAUGCUCCUAUUGAUGAAUAUGGACUUCUGAAUGAACCAAAAUGGGGUCAUUUGAGAGAUUUGCAUAAAGCAAUAAAGCUAUGUGAGCCAGCUUUAGUGUCUGCAGAUCCUACUGUGACAAGACUUGGAAUGAACCUGGAGGCUCAUGUGUUCAAGACAGAGUCUGGUGCUUGUGCUGCAUUUCUUGCAAAUUAUGACACCAAGUCUGCUUCAAAAGCUACAUUUGGAAAUGGCCAAUAUGACUUGCCACCUUGGUCUAUCAGCAUUCUCCCUGACUGCAAAACUGAAGUUUUCAACACUGCAAGGGUUGGUUCCCAGAGCUCUGGGAGGGAGAUGACACCCGUAGAUGGUGAAUUCACUUGGCAGUCAUACAUUGAAGAACCUGCAUCAUCCAGUGAAGAUGAUUCCUUUACAGAAUAUGCACUCUGGGAGCAGGUUAAUGUCACCUGGGAUUCCUCAGAUUAUUUGUGGUACAUGACAGAUGUCAAUAUUGAUCCUGAUGAAGCUUUUAUAAAGAGUGGGGAAUCUCCCUUUCUCACCGUAAUGUCAGCAGGCCAUGCUCUACAUGUUUUCAUUAAUGGUCAACUUUCAGGGAUUGUGUAUGGGAGUUUAAAGAAUCCUAAAUUAACUUUUAGUGACAGUGUGAAGCUGAGUGUUGGCAAUAACAAGAUCUCUUUACUUAGUGUUGCCGUUGGUCUCCCGAAUGUUGGCUUGCACUUCGAGACAUGGAAUGCUGGGGUGUUAGGCCCAGUCACACUGGCGGGUCUAAAUGAGGGGACGAGGGAUUUAUCUCGACAAAAAUGGUCUUACAAGGUUGGUCUGAAAGGCGAAGCCUUAAGCCUUUAUACUGAAAGUGGGAGUUCUUCUGUUGAAUGGGCAAAGGGAUCCUUGUUGGCUAAGAAACAACCUUUGACAUGGUACAAGACAACCUUUAGCACACCGGCAGGCAACGAUCCGUUGGCUUUUGAUAUGAGUAGCAUGGGAAAGGGUCAAGUCUGGGUGAAUGGUCAGAGCAUUGGGCGCCAUUGGGCUGGAUAUAUAGCACAUGGCAGGUGUAAUGAUUGUGAUUAUGCCGGAAACUACACUGAAUACAAAUGUCAGACAAAUUGUGGAGAACCCUCUCAGAGAUGGUAUCAUGUUCCUCGAUCAUGGCUGAACCCAAGUGAUAACUUUUUGGUUGUGCUUGAAGAAUGGGGAGGUGACCCUACUGGAAUUUCUUUGGUGAAAAGAUCCACAAAAACUGUUUGUGCUGAUAUUUCUGAAGGGCAACCAACGCUAAAGCAUUGGCACAUGUUAAAAUCUGGAAAAAUUCAUACCCCUAAAGCUCAUUUACGGUGUUCACCUGGGCAAAAGAUCUCCCAGAUUAAAUUUGCUAGCUAUGGACAGCCACAGGGUGUGUGUGGAAACUUUCUAGAGGGGAGCUGUCAUGCCACCAGGUCAUAUGAUGCUGCUAAAAGGAACUGCAUUGGCAAGCAAUCUUGCUUCGUAACUGUUGCUCCUGAAGUUUUUGGAGGAGACCCAUGUCCGGGAAAUGCAAAGAAGUUCUCAAUUGAGGCCUUGUGCAGCUCAUCCUCCAAUGCACCAUUUUAGCAGUAAAAGAGAGAGCUUUGAAGUCCAAUACAAUAAUACUCCAUGGCUUCUAUUACUUGAUACAUAUACACGCACCACCUGACCAAAGGCACCUACAUAAGGCAAAUUUGGUUGUAAAGAUGCUCUGUGCACAGGCACAGGCAAUAUAUUUAUUCUGCUUAAUUAAAUAUAUUUCUCCAUAUGCUACUUGGCUUGUAACAAUAAAGAACUCUGCUUUACACAUUGCUGUGAUUGCUAUGUAACAUGCAGAAUUGUUAUGUAUGAACAUUUUGAAAUGAAAGUAAUGAAGUGUUGCUUCCUUUCAA